AUGGAUCGUCAUGCUUUACAGGCACUUCAACUCUGGAAUGUGAUUGAUAUGGAAGCUUCAAUUCAACCGCGAUACCCCCCUAAAUCACCCAAUGCCAGCAAUAGAUAUGGAUUCAUUGUUGAUAGUCGUGAUUUCUCUCUUGCCACUGAACGUGCAGUGCAGCUCGGGCCUGCAACGGAAAAGGAUAAGUUUGCUCUCGACCACCUUAUUGAGGCAGCCACUAAGAGUCCGGAGGUUUGUGUCAUUCUUGACGAGAACGGCCAUAUGUGUGUAUGGGGACUAGAGAAUGCUGGCUGUAAAGCACAUGCUGAAGCUAAUAUCUUCAACAUAGCUCACGUUGAAGGAUUGGAUCUUUCUACUGCUCUAGGUAACCAUCAGACAGGCAACUACGCCCAAUUCUAUUCUUUUGCUGGAGGUGUUUCCGAUGCAUCCUUUACCGUCAUUACCCAUUACUACGAUGGACGGAUUGAAUGGUUUGACUCACGGGUCGAUAUUCUAUUCGACCCUACACCUCGAAAACACCGGCUAGUGUCUCAGGCCACCUGGUCUGGACAUACUGAAUCAGUGAAAAAGAUAGUGCGCACGCCUAGUGGGAAGGUUCUAAGCUCCCGAACAAAUGACAAUAAUGCCGUGAUAUGGCGUCAAAGGUCAAAUACCAGCACUGGCUCCGUACUGGUCCAACAAAGUGCUCUCAACUGUGAUAUGCAUAUUCAUCGAACCUGUUUGUUGGAGGAUGGAAAUUUCCUGGUCAAUCUCCACCAUAACGGGAUAUCCAUGUGGGAUAUUCGCUCAUUCGAAGCUCAGAUGAUUGCGAAAAGUGAUUUGCACCUCAGCAGUAAACCUCUAUGUGUUUUGCUUAUACCAACAUCUGAAUCUUGUACUUCCUACAUUGCCGCAAUAGGGGCUGAUAUGACAGGCGUAGCCUGGGAAGUUACCCUUCCUGCCGGCAAUACACCUCGAGGGCAGUCAAAAAAGCAUGAUACCCCGGUUUUGCGAGAGUUCUCAACGUUCAGUCUUGGAUCGGAUGAGGAAGUUGCUUACAUUCUCCCCGUUGAUCCAGCUGGAUCGAAACUCCAAGCAUCUCAUUCUUUGGAUUUGUUUGCCACUGAUAUCGCUCUGUCUUACUCUCAUAAUGGGACCAUCAAAACAUGGACAGCUAAAGUCGAUAAAUCAAAGGGCAGGGUUGAUUGGCUACUGACUGCCACUGUUGAGACGGGGAUUCCAAACCCUUCCCUGGCUAGUGCUGGCUCAGUCCGAAAGGCUGCGCUUGUAGACCAAAAUCGAACACGUUUAACUAUAUGGGACACAAACAGUGCUCAGUUGGAGUUGGAAGAAAGAUUUGAAGAGCAUGAUAUCAUCCAGGAUUUGGACUGGACCUCAACCCCUGACAUCCAGUCGAUUUUGGCUGUCGGUUUUCCACAUAAAGUCAUCCUCCUCUCACAAUUAAGAUACGAUUACCUUGAUGCUGGUCCUUCGUGGGCACAAAUUCGAGAGAUCAAGGUCGGACGUCACACACCGCACCCUAUCGGAGAUUCGUGUUGGCUCGGUAAUGGAAACCUAGUUGUUGGUACCGGUAACCAACUCUUCGUGUAUGAUAAAUACAUCGAAGCAAGCAACAGAUGGGUUACCAACCUGCGUUUACCUUACCAUGAUGAUACUCAUUUCGACCUAUUCGAUGCUGUUAGCAGGCUAAAUGGCCCUCUUCCGGUUUUCCAUCCGCAGUUUCUAGCCCAAUGCAUCCUGAGCGGCAAAAUAAGCCUGGUUCACUUGAUAUUGACAAAGCUACAUAGGAAAUUGAAGUUCGUUACCGAUGGUGAUGAAGUUGAUGGUUUUCUAGAUAUUCCGCUGGAAGAUAUAUAUAAUGAGGUCUCUGUAAGUGGGCUUCCCUCUUAA